CCGCUCAUUACUUCCUAUUCAUCUAUUUGGUUUUCACAACUUCCUAUUGCUCUCACACACACUGUUUCCUCUCUUCAUCAAAACCAUACACGAAUGUGUCUCUGUUCCCCAAAAUCUCACAAUAAUAUACUCUGUUGCCGUUAACCAACUUUCCCACGUUCUGUUAAUAUUUUCUUCUUACAACGUUUUGUCAUUCGAUAAUCCGAUUCCAUGGCGCACAAAAAAACUCGUUUCCUUCUCUCUGUUUCAUGGUUUAUGAAUGACUCAUUCACUUUUUGUUUUCUUUCUCAGGUUCGGAUCAGCAUUACACUCUAAUGGAUUCAGAGCCUUCUCCGCAAGUCAAACGGAAGCAUAAAUUUGCACCACGAGCACCACCGCGUCUUGUUCCAAAGAAAGAAGUUAAAACCGAAGUAGUUGAGGAUGCUCAGGCUGAUGCGAACCAGGCUAAGGAUCUGCUGCGGCGUUUCAAUGAGAGUGCUAUGAAGGCAAGGAACAAGGUUGAGAAAAAAGUGUCAGCUUCACAAAUUGCUUUUGGUUAUGGUGGUGAAUCAACUUUGAAAUCAUAUGGUAUUGCCAGGGGUGGGAGAAAUGUCAACAUCAAUCAGAAUUCAGCAUCUAGUGUGGUGGCAGAGAAAGAAUACACAGAACCAUGGGACUAUUACAGUAAUUAUCCAGUAACUCUUCCUUUGAGGAGGCCAUAUUCUGGAAAUCCAGAGCUUCUUGAUGAAGAGGAAUUUGGGGAGGCUGCAGAGUCCAGAACAUACGAUGAAGAUGCAUCAAAUUCAGCAAUGGAGUUAGGCCUUUUGGAAAACCUAGAGGCAAAUAUGUUCUUGAUUAAAUUGCCUCCAAAACUGCCUAUGGUUAUACAAUCAACUACUGAUGGAGGCAAAGAAGUUAAUCCGAAAUCUAAACCUCCUGGGGGUUCAAAAAAAGUGGAGAAGCUUUGUGAGUUGAAAGACUUGCCAUCUGGCUUCAUGGGUAAAAUGCUGGUAUACAAAAGCGGUAAAAUCAAGCUCAAGCUUGGCAAUACCCUUUAUGAUGUUUCUUCGGGUAUGAAUUGUGCCUUUUCCCAAGAUGUGGUUGCUAUCAAUACGGCUGAAAAAAAUGUGUGCACCAUUGGGGAGAUAAGCCAACAUGUUACGGUAACCCCGGAUAUAGAUGGCAUAAUUGACAAUUUGUCUGAUUAGUGACAAAUUUAAAUCAUUUUUGUUUUCAGAUAGUUUACAUUUUACCAGAAAAGGAUAGUUUACAUUUACAAAAAAAGGAUAGUUUACAUUUUUACAUAUAGUUAUGAAUUUGUUGAAAUGAUGUCAUAAACAGUGGACUGAGAAUAAAUAAGAAAA